AUGCUACCUCCUAAACGCUUCCAUAACAAUGAUCACUUGGUUGGACUUAAGCCUCGCGUAGAGGAGUUGAUGUCAAUCAUAAAUAAAUCUGAUUUGUAUGUUGGGGAUUUAUGGAACUGGUGGAAUUGGCUCUCUCACAAAAAGGUUUUGUUGGUUCUUGACGAUGUUGAUGAGGUUGAACAAUUAGAACAACUUGCUGGCGGGUGUGAUUGGUUUGGUCGUGGAAGCAAGAUCAUUGUAACGACAAGAAACAAGCAAUUGCUGAAUGCAUGUAUUGUUAAAAGCACAUGUGAAAUGAAGAAGCUAAAUGAACAUGACUCUCUUGAGCUCUUUUGUUGGCAUGCAUUUCGAAUGAGCCAACCUCCAAAAGUCAAUGAAAAUAUGUCUGCUCGGGUUAUAAGAUAUUGUGAGAGAAUCCAAGAAAGAACAACCCAUGAGGUACUAAAGAUAAGCUAUGAUUGUUUACAAGAUGCUGCUAAGCAUAUUUUUCUAGAUAUUGCCUGUUUCUUUACACACAAGCCAUUGGAGUUUGUUGAAGACAUACUAGAAGCCUGUCAACAUUGGGCAAGGUUUUAUAUUGAAGUUCUUGUCGAUAAAUCUUUGAUAACUAUUGAUGAUAAUAAUGGUAGCUUGUACAUGCACGACCUAAUACAACAAAUGGGCAAAGAGGGAACCAUUAAUAUUGAAGCAAUAAUACUCAAUCCGCCUCAACAAGAAAAAGUGGAAUGGGAUGGUUUAGCCUUUGAGAAGAUGAAUAAGCUCAAGAUUCUCAUUGUUCGAAAUGCCCAAUUUUCAACAAGUCCUAAAUACUUUCACUAUAGUUUGAGAUUCCUUGACUGGAAAGGAUAUCCUUCUGCAAGCCAGAUUUUUCUCCUUCAAGACUUGUUUGCUUCAAGUUAUAUGGAAGUCUUUUCAGAUUGCAAGAACCAUUCAAGUACGAAGGAGGUUUCUCAGAAAUUCAGUAUCGGAUUAGAUAUAUAUUUAAAGGAGAAGGUUGAACAUGAAACAUACAUGGAUUUCUCACUCUGUGAAUUGAUAACUGAAGUACCUGAUUUGUCACAAUUUCAAAGUUUAAAGACGCUGAGCUUUCGUGAAUGUCAAAAUCUGGUCAAAGUUCAUGAUUCCGUGGGAUCACUAUCCAUGCUUGAAAGAUUAGAUGCUAGUGAAUGCACCAAACGGACAAUCUUUCCACAUGAAAUCAACAUGGCAUCUCUUCAAGAGCUUGAUCUCAGUCAUUGCAAGAGUCUUGAUUACUUACCAAGCAUAGUAGGAAAGAUGGAAUAUCUAAUGCAAAUUUUGGCAGAAGACACUGCUAUUACGGAGCUCCCGCCUUCCAUUGAAAAUCUUCCGAUUCUUGAUCGUUUAGUUUUAAGCUCUUGCACAUAUCUUAGGGAGCUUCCAAAUAGCUUAUUGAAGUUGGAAUAUCUUAAGGAGCUUGAGUUGUCAGGGAUUCAACCUGCUUGUACAAAACCAUUGAUCAACGUAAUGCAACAAAGCCAACCAGUUGGCGUUAGCUGCUCAAACGUAGAGGACUUGGAUCUUGAGAAUUGUGGUCUGUUAGAUGAAGAUCUUCACGUGAUUCUGACAUGUUUUCAAAAUGUGAAAGAGUUGAAUCUUCCAGGGAAUGAUUUUGUGUCCCUUCCUGAGUGCAUUAAAGAGUGUGCUUAUUUGGAGAAACUGAAUCUGAGUGAUUGCAAGAGGCUAAGAGACAUACCAGAGCUGCCAUCAACGUUGCAGCAAAUAGCUGCAGAGGAUUGCACGUCAUUGACUACAGAGUCGUUAGACCGUUUAUGUCAUGUGUUUCUCACGGAUCUGGAAUGGAAUUUUAAUGAUGAAGAUUUAGAAGGGCUUAACAAGUUUCUGGAACUGGAUUGGAAUGACGUGGAAAUACAUUUUACACGUGACCCACCUGAUAUCUCCACAGUUAACUGUGGUGUUUAUGUUGAUAAGGAGCAAACAGACAUGGAUAACGUCCAGUUCAAGUCUUCAGAUGUGCUUUCCAUGAGUUCUUCAACAAUUUCACUGAAACGAAGAGGGAUAAAUUUGCUUCUUAAUGAGAAACCACCCAAGAAGCUCCUGAGAAAUUAA